CCUCUUGGCCACUAGCCCAACUAGUAAUCCUUGUUUACCCCCCUCAUCCCAGAACUCCUCGUCAACACCAUCCAUCACAACUCCAUCACCUCUUUACACUUUUCCCCUCAUACAUCAAACCCACAACAAUCCUAUCACCAAUAAUACUUUUUCCUAAGCAAUAAUGACUAGUAGCGAAGAACACCACGAAGAGACUGGCCAGUUUGGCGCUGUCCCCAUCUCCAUCGACACUCUGAAAGAAUUCUACAUGAGUGUCCUCGCUAAGAUGGAAGAAAGAUACCAUAAGCUUCCCAAGGCCCUCGCCGUUGAGCUCAAACUCAAAGAUAAUUCCGGAGAAGGCCGCUAUUCCCUGGAAUUCCUCUUGAGUGCCACUGAGGAGACCACCGCAGAACAGAGAUCCACUACCUUUUCCACCAUUCUUCAUACCAUGUCGGAAGAGUCGAAGUUUGAAGGACUGAACAUGGACAUUCGCGUCAAGUGUAUCACUGUCUGAGCUGAGACGUGACAGAUGGGUUGAUGGGGCGGGCUUCAUCUACUGAAUCGAUCAGCGACAAUCAUGCUCCUGUGGGCUUGUGCGUACUCAGAUAUCAAAAAUCUGCUCGACAAUAAAUACUGGGCUAUGGCAGAGAAUGGUUUUGUCUUGUGAGGAUUGUGGAGGCUCUAGGAUGCAGGUCAUAAUAGUGUUAGGAAUAAUCUGCAAUGUCAUAUGCCGUCUCUAGCUUGAAGUACAGUCUACUUAAUGGAACAAGUCAAUUCUCU